AUGCAGUCAGCGUCAAUCAGCCUGCUGUGGAAAGAGCGCUGCUCGGAUUCCUCUUAUGAACGCAAGUGCAGGAAGGGAGAAAUUUGGAGUUUCUGUCGACGAAUUAAGAUCGAAGACUUCGUUCUUACGUCGAGGAAUUGGAGAAGAGGUGGGCCGAUAUGCGAUAUCGUGAUGACAGGAAGCGUAUCUAGGAAUCGUGCCAUGCUUUCUCCAUUGUUAUCGUACUGCCCACGCGAUCUGUCUCCACUGAAGUCAGCCGCUAAUACGGCUCCGACCAAACGUUAUAGGCAUCGGGGCAACGUUCUCGAGUUAUUCGAGAAGCCAAAACCAACGAGUCAACCAACGCCUGAGGUUACACCACGUUCCUUAUUCAUGUCAUCAUCUAAUGGUGAUAUUCAUAAAUGUAUCAUCAACGUAUCACAAGACAACGACUAUGGCUAUGAGCAGAUUCGAUCAGGCAUAUCAUUUCAUACUCCUUCACAUAUUUUGAAUUAUUUCAAACUGAUUUACACGUCUAUCUUUGUUUUACAUUUCAGAGUCAUCUUCUUCCUACAUGCCGUGGACAACAUCUAA